AUCCGCGCGAGCCACACAAAAAAAAAAAGGAUUCCACCAGCACACAGCGAAGAAGAGAGAGAGAGAGAGAGGUUGCGUAGAUACGUUUGCCGGACUUCAAACCAGUUUCGGUACCGGAAUUUAGGAACUCAGUUUAAAUCCGGAGCCAUCAAAAAAAAAAGAAUAAACCUUUUCUCUCUCUGUUUCCUUCUUAUUCUAUUGCAAUUUAGAGAGAGAGAGAGAGAGAGAGUGAAGUUUGAAGUCAGAGGAGAUCGUUUCUUAAGAAUUGGGCAUCUGGGUUUUCGAUUUCCGGAGUUCAAUUUCGUAAUUCAGGUCGUUUUGACUGUUGGGGUGAGAGAAAGUUAGGGUUUUUUUAGAUCUCUGUUUUUGAAAGGAUGUCCACGCCUCUGAAGGUGUGGCAACGUUGGUCUACUCCGACGAAAGCCACGAACCCGGAUUCGAAUGGGAAGGUUUCGGGCAUGGGGAGCGAGAUCCAGUACGACGAUGAUCCCAGAAGAUUGCCUGAUAAAGUUUCAGAGCUUGAAAAAGAGCUUUUUGAAUACCAACACAAUAUGGGUCUUCUUCUACUGGAGAAAAAGGAGUGGAGUUCCAAAUUUGAAGAGCUACAACUUGAGUUUGAAGAGGCUAACCAAUGCCUUAGGCGGGAACGUAACGCCCAUAUGAUUGCUAUAGCAGAUGUUGAGAAGCGGGAGGAGGGGUUGAGGAAAGCUCUAGGGAUUGAGAAACAAUGUGCUCUUGAUCUGGAGAAGGCACUGCGGGAAUUACGCUCUGAAAACGCAGAGAUCAAAUUUACAGCUGACUCAAAGUUGGAGGAGGCGAAUGCACUGGUCAGAAGUGUUGAGGAGAAAUCUCUCGAAGUUGAGGCAAAGCUUCGCGCUGUUGAUGCAAGACUUGCUGAAGUUAGCAGAAAGAGUUCGGAGGUGGAGAGGAGGUCCAAGGACGUGGAAGCUCGAGAGAGUUCUCUUCAAAGAGAGCGGUUUUCCCACAUCACUGAACGAGAAGCAGAGGAGGCGAACUUGACAAAGCAGAGGGAGGACUUGCGGGAAUGGGAAAGAAAGCUGCAAGAAGGAGAAGAAAGAGUAGCUAAGUCUCAGAUGAUUGUAAAGCAGAGAGAGGAUAGAGCAAAUGAGAGCGACAAGAUUAUCAAGCAAAAGGGAAAAGAACUUGAAGAGGCACAAAAGAAGAUUGACGCUGCUAACCUUGCUUUGAAGAAAAAAGAAGAUGAUAUCAGCUCAAGGAUAAAAGCUCUUGCUUUAAGGGAGCAAGAAACUGAUGUGCUGAAGAAAUCCAUAGAGACAAAAGAGCGAGAGCUACUAGCUUUGCAAGAGAAACUGGAUGCCAGAGAAAAGGUUGCAGUUCAGCAACUAAUUGAUGAACACAAAGCUAAACUGGAGGCAAAAGAGCGUGAGUUCGAAAUGGAAAUGGAGCAGAAAAGAAAAUCUGUUGAUGACAGCUUGAGGAGCAAAGUUGCUGAGGUGGAAAAGAGGGAGGCUGAGUGGAAGCACAUGGAAGAGAAAGUCGCUAAACGUGAACAGGCACUAGAGAGGAAACUGGAGAAGCAUAAGGAGAAGGAAAAAGAUUUUGAGUCAAGACUGAAAGGCGUAACUGAGCGAGAGAAAGCCUUGAAAAGCGAGGAGAAGGCAUUGGAAAGCGAGAAGAGGAAACUGGCGGAGGAUAAAGAAAACAUUCUCAGUCUUAUAGCUGAAGUUGAGAAGAUCAAGGCUGAAAACGAAGUGCAUCUAUCAGAAAUUCGCAAAGAGAAGGAAGGACUUAGAGUUACCGAGGAGGAGAAGUCAGAGCAUCUUCGCCUGCAAGCCGAGUUAAAGGAGCAAAUAGAAAAAUGCAGGUCUCAGCAGGAGCUGCUUUCGAAAGAGGUUGAGGAUCUGAAGGCCCAAAGGGAGUGUUUUGAGAGAGAAUGGGAAGAGCUUGACGAGAGGAAAGCUGAGAUCGAGACCGAACUAAAGAAAAUAACUGAGCAGAAAGAAAAGCUAGAGAGAAACACACACUUGGAAGAAGAAAGACUGAGGAAGGAGAAGCAAGAAGCUAUGGACAACAUGAAAAGGGAGCUAGAAACUCUCGAAGUCGCGAAAGCUGCGUUUGCAGAUACUAUGGAGCAUGAGCGUUCCGUGAUCUUUAAGAAAGCUGAGAGCGAAAGGAGUCAACUGCUUCAUGAGAUCGAAAGGCUCAAAAGGAAGCUCGAGUCUGAUAUGCAGAGUAAAGUGGAAGAAAGAGAAAGGGAGCUGCAAGCCAAAGAGAAGCUGUUCGAGGAAGAGAGGGAGAAGGAACUGAGCAAUAUCAAUUACCUAAGAGACGUAGCCAGAAGAGAAAUGACGGAAGUGCGGAGCGAUAGGGAGAGGAUAGAAAAAGAAAAGGUAGAAAUUGAUGCUAGUAAAAAGUUUCUUGAGGAGCAGCAGACAGAGAUUCGGAAAGAUGUUGAUGGCCUUGUUACCUUGACCAAGAAACUGAAGGAACAGCGGGAACAGUUUAUUAGCGAGAGAAACCGUUUUCUUUCUUCCAUGGAAAGUAACAGGAACUGCAGCAAUCCUUGCGCUGAACUGCUUUCGGCGCUUCCUGACAUUGACGAUCUCGAAAUGCCUAAUUUGUCAAAACUGGCAAACGUUAUCCAGGACGAAGCACCACCACCACCGCAGGAUAUAUCGCCAACUGCUACCAACUUGGGAUUACCAGUUCAAGGUGGGACGGUGUCAUGGCUCAGGAAAUGCACUUCUAAGAUUCUCAAGUUGUCCCCUAUAAAAAUGGCAGACACCUCUGCUUUUGCUGACCAAGAACCUCAGUCUACUGAGCAAGCUAACGUGAACAGUGGGCCGUCAGCUAUGCUUCCGGUCCAGUCUGAAAGCGAGACGAGAGAAGUCGAAGUCAGCAAUGCAAACUCAGACGGUGAUCAGAGCAACAUAAACAGCAAGGCUGAGGAAGUUGCUGCAGAUUCUUUGUCUAAUCUAAAUGCUGAUGGUCAAUCACGCUUGAGAGGGAAAGCCAGGAUCAGGAGGACACGCUCUGUGAAAGCAGUUGUGGAAGAUGCUAAAGCUAUCUAUGGAAAAUCUAUAGAAUUCAAUGAGCCCGACGAUGGAAGCACGGGUGAGCCUGGUCGUUCUGAUAAAGGUGGUGCUUCGAAGAACGGAAGGAAACGUGGACGUGUGGGCUCUUUGAGAACUUGUACUACUGAGCAGGAUGGUGACGAGAGUGAUGGGAAAUCAGAUAGUGUAACGGGAGGAGAACAUCAGCGUGGGAAGAGGCGGCAAAAAGUUGCAUUAGAACAACAAGAAGUGGUUGGACAAAGAUACAAUCUCCGGCGAUCUAGAAGGGUGGCUGGAAAAACUGCACUUGGUGGUAAGAAGAAUGAAGAGGCUGAUGGAGUGCAAGAACAAGAGGAGGGGAUUAACUGUGCUCAAACCACUGCAACAGCAUCAGUAGGUGUUGCUGUUAGCGACAAUGGAGUAACUGCGAAUGUGGUGGAGAUUGAAGGCAUGGCAGACUCUGAGGAGACAGAUGCUGGUUCGCCGAAAAGAACGGGGGAGAGUGAAGAAGAUGUUGGAAACAGAACACCUGAAAGGGAAGAAGAAGAAGAAGAUGAAUCGGAAACAGAACAUCCCGGGAAUGUCUCCAUUGGCAAGAAGCUCUGGACUUUCUUGACGACGUAGUUUGGCCCCCCUAUGAUUUUGAGGAUGAAGAACCAAUCUUCUUCCUCUGUUUGACGUUUUUAGUGUUUGUUUUUCCACAUCUCUUAGCUAUAUCUUAGGAGACUUGUUGUAUCUUCUUCUUCUUCUUUUCUUUUCUCUCUUGGUCUCAACUUUGUGUGUGGAUGGAUUUCACCAGAUUGUAGUGUUUUCUUUCUAGCUUUCUACGUCUUUAGGAUGCUAUCUGGUUAAGAGGAUAAUUCUAAAUUCUUUCGGUCUUGUUUUGAUGAUUUUAUGAGAGUGGUCUCCUUGCA